AUGGACCCUAAAGAAGAUAUAUUCGUUCAUCAAACUGCAGUAAAGAAAAACAAUACAAAAAGUGUUGUUCGAAGUGUAAGAGAUGGUGAAUUAGGUGCAUUUGAAGUUGUUCGAGAGAAGGGGAAUGAAGCUGCAAAUCUGAUUGGACUGAAUCGCACUUCGAAUGACGAAAGUGAUGGUAGUCAGAGCCAAGAGAAUGUGGAUGAUAAGCAACAACUACAACCUCAAAGGCCCAUACGAAGGCAAUUACGUCAUCCUUACUUCAAGCAAUAUUGUAGUUAUCUAUCCAUAGGACUUCCACGAAACGUUGGACGUGAUGGAAGUGAAGAUGAACAAAAUGAAAGAAAAAACGAAGAAAGAGUUUCAGGAGGUGAAAGAGACAAUCACUGGACUCCUUGA